AUGUUCGCUCGCGCCUCCAGCAAACUGGCUAAGGGCAGAAGCCCUGGCAAUCUCUUCCAGAUCCGCAACGCUAGCAGCAAAGAAAUCCGAUUCGGAAGUGACGCGAGAAACCAGAUGCUGGCAGGAUGCAACCGUCUGGCAGACGCCGUCGGCGUGACACUCGGCCCCAAGGGUCGCAACGUCGUCAUUGAGCAGGCGUAUGGCUCCCCGAAGAUUACGAAGGACGGCGUCACCGUCGCCAAGUCCAUCGAGCUAAGCAACAAGAUGAUGAACCUCGGCGCCCAGCUGGUCAAGCAGGUCGCCUCCACGACGAACGACAUUGCCGGCGAUGGAACCACCACGGCGACUCUGCUCGCCCGCGCCAUCUUCCGCGAGGGCUGCAAGGCGGUCGACGCAGGAAUGAACCCUAUGGAUCUCCUCAGAGGCAUCAACUUGGCUGUCGAGAAGGUGUUGGCGCACCUGAACUCGGUGACGAAGAACGUGACGACGUCGGAGGAGAUCUUCAACGUCGCCACGAUUUCGGCUAACGGCGACAAAGUCGUUGGAAAGCUAAUCGCCGACGCGAUGGAGAAGGUUGGCCGCGACGGCACCAUCACGGUCUCCGAGGGCAAGACGCUGACGCACGAGCUUGAGCUCGUCGAGGGCCUGAACUUUGACCGCGGCUUCAUCUCCCCUUACUUCAUCACCAACUCCAAGGAGCAAAAGGUCGAACUCGAGAAGCCCUUCGUCCUGCUCUACGACAAGCGCAUCUCCUCCGUCAAGGGAAUCCUCCCCGUCCUCGAGUUCAUCGUUCAGAACCAGGGCUCGCUCCUCAUCAUCGCUGAGGACGUCGACAGCGAGGCUCUGGCCACGAUGGUGGUGAACAAGCUCCGCCUCGGCCUGAAGAUCUGCGCAGUCAAGGCGCCGGGCUUCGGCGACCACAGGAAGGCGAUGCUCCACGACAUCGCCGUGAUGACUGGCGGCCAAGUCGUUACGGAGGAGACGGGCGCCAGCCUCGAAGACAGCCACCAGAUGCCGCACAUGCUUGGCCGCGCCAAGUCGGUGGUUGUGACGAAGGACACGACGCUGGUGAUUGAAGGCAGCGGCGAGAAGGCACAGAUCGACGAGCGCUGUGACCAGAUUCGCGUGAUGAUGGAUCAGACGCACUCCGAGUACGAGAAGGAGAAGCUGCAGGAACGCCUGGCGAAGAUGACCGGCGGCGUGGCAGUCAUCAAGGUCGGCGGCGCCUCCGAGGUGGAGGUCGGCGAGGCGAAGGACCGCAUCCAGGACGCGCUCUGCGCCACCAAGGCCGCCGUCGAGGAGGGUAUCGUCCCGGGCGGCGGCACUGCGCUGCUCUACGCGAGCGAGACCCUCGGUAACCUCGAGACGACCAACUACGACCAAAAGGUCGGCGUGAACAUCGUGCGCAACGCCUGCAAGCAGCCGUGCAAGACAAUUGCCGACAACGCUGGCCACGAGGGCGCCGUCGUCGUCGGAAACCUGCUCAGGGAAGCCGACGCCACGCGCGGAUUCAACGCGCAGACCGGCGAAUACGUCGACAUGAUGGCCGCCGGGAUCAUCGACCCGACCAAGGUCGUCAAGACCGCGCUCUCCGACGCCGCCUCUGUUGCCUCGCUCAUGACCACGACUGAAGCCGCGGUCGUCGAGGCGAAGGAGGAGAAAAACGACGAGCCCAUGAGCGGCGGCAUGCCGAUGGGCGGCGGCAUGGGCGGCGGCAUGGGCGGCAUGUAUUAA